GCCGCCAGACUCCGCCCACAUAUCCUAAGCUGUCUGCUGGUGAAACUUCUCCCCAGGAUAGAGAAUAGGAGGAGAGCUUUCAACUCCAGUAGACCUUGAAUCAAGAAGAUAAACAAGAGCCAGCUGGCCGGCUGCAGUUACCACGUUUGUGAUCAUUCACCCGAAAACAAAGCCGAUUAUUCACGAAGAUUAAUGCCUCAGGGUCGGGCGAAGCACAUCUGCGUCUUUCCCAUACCGAAGUUGUUGAUAACUUUUCGCAUGGACUUGAGCGAUAUCUAGGCAGAAUAAAAGAGCGACCGAGAGUCACAAAGUCUUACUUCGCUGCAAGAAAACAUCGUUUCGGUGACAUCACGUUAUUUGAAAUUUUUUAAGGACAGAUCGGGCCCAGAAGCCGCGUUAAAAUAAAAGGAUGGAAAUCAUGGACAGUGGCGAAUCGUUUCUACACUGGGAUCGGAAUCUGAGUGAGAUCUCGGAGAACGGGGACCACGACAACGGUCUUUACGGCACCCACUUCUCCGAGUUCCUGGACGACCUUACCCACGAUGCCUUGCUGGGCCAGCUCCUCAGCGACCCCUUCCUGUCGGGGGUCCGGGACGGGAUGGAGGUCUUGGAGUCCGGCCAGGGGGGGGUGAUGUGCGGCCGGGGCUGCGGCGGCGGCGGCGACGACGACGACGACGACCUGUCUCCCUGCUCCCCCCAGCCCCCCCACGUCGUGGUGGAGCACAGCUACUCGCUGUGCGGGGACAGCCGGCCCCAGUCCCCCCUGUCCCACCUCACCGGAGAGCAGGAGGGGGAGGAAGGGGAGGUGGAGGGAGGCGACUCUGGGGAAUGGCCCAUGGAGCAGGAGGAGGACAUCCAGAGCCUCCUCGCCGAGGCCCCCAGCUUCCUGCCCGCCCUGACCCUGGCUCUGGCCGAGAGCCACGCCGCCGCCCAGGGCCCCGCCGCGGCCCCCCUGUCGGAGCCGCCGUCUCCCGCCGCGGCUAGCCCCCACCAGAACCACCACAAGGGCAAGACCAUCAAGAUUAAGGAGGAGAGUGUGAUUCCCCAGAUCAAAUUGGAGCCCCAUGAGGUGGACCAGUUCCUGAACCUCUCUCCCAAAGGCCUGGAGGCUCUCCACAUGCCCCCUACUCCCCCCAGCUCCCACGGCAGCGACUCAGAGGGGAGCCAGAGCCCCGUGCACGCCCCGCCCGGCCUCUCCUGCCCCCCCUCCCCCGGCAGCCCGGGGGGCUCCCCUGCGCCCUCCCCGGGGCCCUCCGAGACCCCCACGAAGGCAUCCACCCGGGCCCCCUCCUCCCUCUCCAACUCCCCCCUGCUCACCGCCCCCCACAAGCUGCAGGGGUCUGGACCUCUGAUGCUGACGGAGGAGGAGAGACGCACUCUGGUUGCAGAGGGUUACCCGGUACCCAACAAGCUGCCCCUGACCAAGGCCGAGGAGAAGGCCCUGAAGAAGAUACGCAGGAAGAUCAAAAACAAGAUCUCUGCGCAGGAGAGCCGCAGAAAGAAAAAGGAAUACAUGGAUGCGCUGGAGAAAAAGGUGGAGAACUGCUCCAAUGAAAACCAUGAGCUGCGCAGGAAGGUCGAUAACCUGGAGUGCACCAACAAGUCUCUGCUCCAGCAGCUGCAGGCCCUGCAGGCGGCCGUGGUCAGCAGGGUUCCCAGGUCCUGCAGAGUCGCUGGCACCCAGACGUCCUCAUGCCUAAUGGUGGUGGUGUUGUGUUUUGCGGUGUUCCUCGGUAACUUCUACCCCAGCAUCCUGUCUCCUUCCUCCAGCAUUACGGAGAGCAGUCAACCCGGCCAGCAACUGGCACUCAAAGAGUCCUACACAGCCACAGUUAAAUCCAGGAGUCUGCUGUCCACCUUUGAGGACGAGCAGCCACACCUCCUAGGCCUGGGCGGGGAGUAUCCCGACCAAUGGGAGGACACUCCGGCCGUCGUCAUGGCAGCGUGGCGCCGCUCCGAGCAGAAUAAAAUGGGGGGCCCUGCCUCCAACGUGGCCGAGAGCCACACCCCUCUCCGAAGUAAUAACAACGAUACGCAAUCGACGGAAAACCUCCGGAUGGACCUGCAAAGGUCUCUGGAACCAUGGCUUAACGAGAGCAGCAGCGGUAAAAAGGUGCUAGCACUGGAUCGAACGGUCAACGAAACAUCCUGAGGACGGACAUUUUUUUUGUUUUUUAAUUUUAUUUUGUAUUUUAUUUUCGUAUCUUAUUAUUUUUUGCUUCUCCUGGUUCUCCACUCUUCAUCGUGACCUUUGAUUCUCCCAGCCCCCCCCCCCACCCCCCCCCACCCCCCCCCCCCCAACAGCACCGCAGUUCAAGUGUCCUGGAGCGGGGGGAAAAAAGAUGUACAAAGUGAUGUUCGUUUGUCCACAGUUCUUUUCAUGCCACUCACGCUUGAAAAGAUAGUACACUGUAAAAAUAUGAAAAAGACAGGAAAAAGAUCCACAAAAAAAUCAGGCACUGGCUGCCCUAAAAAAAAGUUUUUAAGUGACGUUGCACUGAAUAGUUUUCCACAUAAGUCAACCCGUAUUAGUUGUCCAUCUUUCAGCCAAAUCACUCAACGAAGUUGAGGCACUGUGUUGCAUCUGACCCCAAAACAUGUUUCAUAAGACUCUGUUCAAAGCGAGUGCUUGUGUGUUGCUUGAACUGAGAGAUGUGCUUAUAAGGUGAAUUCAAAUUGGACAUUUGAGGAUUUUUCUUUGGAAAAGGACACCAAUUAACAUGGGAACGAAAGAGAGCAGCAAUGUAUUUAUAGAAGCCCUUUUUGUUUUUAAAGUAAUUGAUAUGUGUAGCGGUGACCUUUUUUAAACCUUUUUAUUCCAUUCCAUGACAUGCAAACGUUAUCGUUUUGAUACUUUAAUUUUGUCUUUGUUCUUUAUGUUUUUAUUUUAUUGAACUUUAUUAUGUUUAUUGUCCUGAUUGCGCUUCUUAUCUAUUGUGUCCUGCCUUUUAUGAAAUACAGACCAACCAUCUUGUGUACACGUAAAAUACCAACCAAUCACACUGCUUAUUUAUGCUAGAUGGCUUUGAAGGAGAAAAAGUCUGGAGGAGGGAGGGGACUUUUACUUUCCAAACGAGAUGCACAUGGGACCAUGUUACUGCAAAUUAAUUCUGCUCUGUCCAAAGGGCUGAAGUAUCUGCUCUCAUAUGUCGGUCACUGCUCGCCACUAAAACGCCUGACUGCUAAGGAC